AUGUCAGGAAAUUUUCGAAAUGGGUUGAACGCAUCUCAUGACAAUCAUGAUCUUUCUGAUUGAAUACAGAAUACGAUACUUGUACUGAUUUUUCUUUUGGCUAUGUUUGUUGCUUAGUCCAGAACGUUGCAUAUUUCCCCCCGCAUUGGGUUAUAGUUUCUAGUGCGUCGUGAUAGAAUCCCUUGUGUGGCUAUGGCGUGGCUAGUGGCAUUCUCUCAGCCCUCUCACAGGUGUCUGAGUUUGACCGGAUUAGUAGCAUUGGUGCUGUUCAGUUCAGUGGCUGCAGUUAGUGACAAGUCCAAGUUCGACAAGAUGGUCAGGUUUGAAAGCGGCUCGUAUCGGCUAGGAACUGAUGAGAAGGAUGCUCGAGACGGGGAGGGACCUUCUCGAUUAGUGUCGGUAAAACCGUUUGAAAUGGAUCAGUACUCGGUGACAAACGAGCAGUUCAGAAAAUUUAUUCGGGACACCAAGUUCCGCACAGAGGCCGAGAAGUUUGGCUGGAGCUUUGUACUGGAGCCAUUUGUGUCAGAAAAGAUCAAAGCUACGAUCAAGGAGAGUGUGCAGGGUGCCCCAUGGUGGUUGCCAGUGAAAGGAGCGUACUGGAGGCAGCCGUUUGGCCCUGGCUCGUCGAUCAAGGAAAUGAUGCACUAUCCCGCAGUGCACAUCAGCUGGAACGACGCCACCGCCUACUGCAAGUGGGCAAAGAAGAGACUACCCACUGAGGCCGAGUGGGAGUUUGCUGCUCGUGGUGGUGGCCAGCAAGGGAAGAAGUAUCCUUGGGGAAACAAGUAUGAAAAGAAGCGCAUGAAUAUAUGGCAGGGUGAGUUCCCUGACACCAACACUAAGGAAGAUGGCUACCAUGGUGUGUGUCCUGCAGAUGCAUUCAAGCCUCAAAAUGAAAAAGGCAUGUACAACAUGAUUGGUAACGUGUGGGAAUGGACCAGUGAUCAGUUCCGUGACGAGAGUGGUGGACAGGAGAAGAAAUACGUGUUGCGCGGUGGAUCCUACCUUGAUACGGUCGAAGGCGAGAAGAAUCAUAUCGCACGUGUCACAACGCGAAUGGGUAAUACACCGGACUCUGGCUCAGACAACUUAGGUUUCCGAUGUGCAAAGAAGGCUAAAGGCAAAUCAAAGAGCAAGACUGAACUCUGAUGUCAAGCAUCUAGUUUAUAGUACGUGUGUUCUAAUCUUCUAUUUACAGCUGCAACACAAGAUUCCCCUCAUUGCCAGCCAAGUCCGAGCUCACGCACACUCAGUCCUUCAUGUACAGAUGACUUGGUGCAAUAGACAGCAUGAUGCUGGCAUCAUUAGUAUUCAGUAUCCGGUGUUUCAGGCUACCAUGUUCCCAGACUGAAUUAGGCAAUACUGAAUGUUUAGGCUACUGUCAAUGAGACAAUGAGAAUGGAACCUACUAGUUAUUCUCGGGACUUUUUAUUCUUAGUUUUCAAAUAUUUCCUUACUUUCAUCGCUAUUGACAGAAUUGUCUGGAACAAUACUAGUGCCAAAACCUUCAACAGAUUUCUGCCAGCCCCUCUUUUAUUUUCUGCAAUAUAUUUAUAUUGGAGGCUUCAA